AUCUCUACAUGUAUCUAGCAAAUAUUCUAUAAAUAGUUCAACUGAAUUCCAGACUGUUUCACCUCAGAAUGUCAGUUAGAAAUAACUCGGUUGCUGUUUUAAUACUUACAACUCUAUUGCUCAAUACUUGCAACGCUACGGAUGAAUACUCACCACAAACGGAUGCGACUCAAUCAUUCCCUAUUAGCGAUAGCAUCAUGACAUCUGAUUUCAAUCGCAAUUCAAAACCAAUAACCCUCAUGCAGCGAAGUGAUUCGGGCAAUUUAACCCUGUUCAACUUCUCGGCACAUGGAACAUCUCUGUUUGAAGUAUCAGAUACAUUUCGAGUUGAAGGACGGUCUAUAGCUGCACUCGUACCACAUACUGCUUAUAAUAACCAGUCGGCAGUAUUCUUCUAUCUACUCAAUCCACAACCAGAUGGAUCAGGAUUCGCUGGUUUCCACCACAAAUUUAAUAACUGGAACUUGUCAAACUAUACUGGUGUUAUCAUUGAAAUACAUACACAUGGUAGAAAUCCCAACAUGAAAUUGAUCUUCUAUGGAAACUGUUCGGAAAUCCACACUUGUCAUUCGUAUGAGUCGUUUUUCGAGACAUCUGGAGAACGAGAACAAAUAAAACUGCCAUUUAGUACAUUCAAACCAUACUUUCGUGGAGAACCGAAACCCGAUUCACCGCCUCUAGAUUUAACUCAACUCUCCCGCAUCGGUAUACAGGUAUAUGGCAGCAUCGUUGAACCGGAUAAGCAACGUGAUAAAGAGUUUAUCGAAAUAUUCUCUAUAAUAGCAUAUAAGGAAGAUCAAAUGACAGUUUGAACAAACCAAGCUUAAAAGAAUCAGAGACAACUUGAUAUGUAGUGCUUAU